AGAGAGAGCGCGCUGGUAUGAGAAAGAGAGAGAGAGGGAGAGCGAGCGAGUUCUGGGACCGGUGUCUGCGCAGCAGUUUUCUCAGUCGAGUCGGGUCAGUCCUCGAAGAAAGGCUUCUCUCGCGCGAGGCCGUACGCGCGCCUACACGUACCGCUGCUGAUCGACGAGUAGCAACACUGCCAGCCGUGUGUAGUGUCUAACUCUUCUGUCGGCGUUGUUAUCGCGGUGCCCAGUACUCUCAGUGCGUACGAGCGCAAGGUCCCGCAAGGCCCAAAACGAUCGGCGAUCCGAGAGAAGUCACUGCCUGCUUCUGCCGCGUCCGCGAUCUUCGAGGACUCUCGCGUGUGUGUAUAUGUAUAUACUACGAGCGUUUACCCGUGUGUUGAAGUGUGCGAGCCUCUCGCCCCGUGUGUAUACGGACGUGGAAUUUCCGCGCGCGAGACGGCGAUCUGUACGUGUGUAGAGAGAAAGAGGAGGGGGUUGUUUUUUUCCUGGCCGCGUGCACGUCGAUAUAUGCCAGAAAGAAAGAGGAAGAGAGAGAGAGAGAGAAAGAAAGAGGAGUUUGAGUAGUGCUGCCGGAGAUAUACAGUGCUGGUGCGAAGCAGCGAUCUGGCUCGUUUGUGCUUAAAAAAGGGUGAAGAUAAGAAAUCUCGGCACGCCGUGUAUUUAUGGAAAUUGUGCUUCUAAGUCGCUGCUGCCGAGGAAAAAAGGAGGCGACUGCUUGCGCGCGCCAGACCGCGUGUUCGCGGAAUGCCGAAUUUGCAAGUCGCUGCCCUCGAGAAUUUUAAGUCUGGGAGUAUAUAUUCGGCGCAGUUGAUCGGCAGCAGCAGCAGCAGAGAGAGAGAGAGAGAGAGAGAGAGAGAGAGAGAGAGAGAGAGAGAGAGAGAGAGAGAGAGAGAGUCCGGCCAGUUAAAUCGCCGAAGAUUACCGGUGUUCUCCUCGCUUUUUUCCUUUUGAGCCCCUUUUAAUAUACACGCAUACAAAACGAGCCGAGAUCGUUCGAGAGCGAGCAAGCUGCAAUUAAGGAUCAUCGACGAGCGGUAGAAUUCGACAACGCUGCCGAUACGUCUCUCUCACACAUUGAAAAACUCUUUCCCGCACCUUCGUACAGCUCACAGUGGUGAGAGUGCAAGAGAGAGAUUGGAAACGCGUCUCAUGCGCGAGGCGAGGCGCGGCUGCUGCUGCUGCUGCUGUGCCGGUCAGUGCCCCCACUUCGGAGAAGAAGAUUUCCAUCUCGCGCGCCUGAUUCCGAUCUCUCGCGAAAAACCCGCUUUCUUUUUGCCAAAGCGGCGGCUCGGCGCUUACAGGCUCGAUAAUUAAAAUGUCGCGACUGUCGCGAAAGCCGCUCUCGCUGCAGCUCGUCUAGAAGUGCACCGGACACCUCGGCAAGGAAUAAUGCCGCUGACAUGAGGAAUUACAGUUCCUUAUCACCGGUUUAAAGGGAGCACGACCGAGAAGGAUCGCGAGGAUGAGGAAGCACUGCGAUAGGUAGCAGACGCAAGUAGAGAGAGAGAGAGAGAUAGAGAGAGAGAGAGAGAAGAGAAUAAAAGAGUAGAGAAAUGUUGCCGAGACUGUUAUCGUUCGCCCUGCUGCUGACUCUGGCGAGUCUGAAUGGCGGCACCCGGGCGAACGGCAGCCUCGCCGAGGCAUCGGUGGCCCGCCUCGUGCCGCGGCGUUCGAUCAUGCUGCCGCAGGAGACGCCGCAGGUGGGCCUGACCAUGCAGAGCCGGGCCGUCGACAAACGAGCCCAGCUCGAGAUCAAAGAGGGCGAGCCCAGGGGGAGCCUGGUCGGCACGAUACCGGUUCUCCAGGACUUCACCUACCGCUUCAACGAGCCGCCCAAGGAGUUCACUCUGGACCCGGUGUCCGGCGAGAUCAGGACGGCCAUGGUGCUGGACCGCGAGGCCCUGCCCAGCGAUCGGUUCGAUCUGGUCGUGCUGUCCAGCCAACCGACCUACCCGAUCGAGGUGAGGAUAUUGGUGCUGGACAUCAACGACAACGCGCCCCAGUUUCCCGAGUCGAGCAUCUCGGUGACCUUCUCCGAGUCGGCGACUGCCGGUACCAAGCUACUGCUCGACGCGGCGACCGAUAAAGACACGCCGGAGAACGGAGUUACCGAUGACUAUUUCAUCGUUAACGGUAACACGGACGCCAAGUUCCGACUGUCCGUAACGGGAAACCCCAUCGGGGAGACGUCCUACCUGCAUCUGGAGACCACCGGCAAGCUGGACCGGGAGCAGGUCGAGUAUUACCAUCUGAACGUUUGCGCGCGCGACAAGGGCCGGCCGCCGAAAUUGGGCUGUCUCAUGGUGAACGUCACCGUCCUCGACGUCAACGACAAUCCGCCGAUCUUUCAGCAGAGCGACUACGUGGUCACGCUGAAUGAGAGCGCCGCCGUAGGUACCCACGUGCUCACGGUACGCGCCGUCGACAAGGACACCGACGACAACGCCCAGUUGACUUACUACCUGCCGGACAACGAGAGGCAGUUCACGAUCGAUCCCGACACGGGAGCGAUAGUCACGGCCGAGGUGCUGGACUGUCCUCAGCAGAGCUGCACGGUAGCGAGACCUGGUGGGGGUUGUCCAAAGAGCUGCGUCAUCACCGUAUUCGCGAGGGAUCACGGUUCGCCGAGGCAGGACGGUCGGACGUACGUCACGGUGAAUCUGCUGGACGCCAACGAUCACGAUCCGGAGAUCAAGUUCACUUAUUUCCCGCCGACGACCGGUUUCGCGACCGUCGACGAAAACGCUGCCAAGGACUCGAUCGUAGCCGCCGUGGGAAUCAUCGACAACGACGAAGGCCUCAACGGCGAGACCACCGUGGAGAUCAGAGCUGGCAACGAGCUGGGCCACUUUCAGUUGGGUCACAACACCCAGAACUUUCACAUCGUACGGGUGAACGGCAAACUGGACCGAGAAGAGAUCCCCAUGUACAACUUGACGAUCGUCGCGACCGACAAGGGAUCACCUCCGAGAUCGGCAACAGCCUACCUGGUCAUCCACGUCAACGACGUCAACGAUCACGAGCCCGUGUUCCAGCAGAGCGAGUACUCCGCCGUGCUGUCCGAACUCUCGCCGAUCGGCAGCUUCGUCGCCAGUAUAUCGGCUACCGAUGCGGAUUCUGGAUUGAACGCGAGGAUCUACUAUGACUUCGAGUCCGGUAACGAGCAGAAUUGGUUCGCCAUCGAUCAGGACACCGGUCUGGUGACCACCGUCGCCACCUUGGACAGAGAGAUACAGGGAAGCGUGGAGCUGAAGGUCUUGGCGAGAGAUGGAGGACCUAAUCCUAAGUAUGUGUCGACUCAUCUUCGCGUCACCAUCCUGGACGAGAACGACGAGGCACCAAAAUUCUCUCAGAAUAUCGUCGAGGUUACCUUGUCCGAGAACACACCAGCCAACAGUCUGGUAGCGACUCUCUCCGCCGUGGACAACGAUCAAGGUACGAACGGUAGCGUGGCUUACAGCUUGCAUCCCAACGUAUUGAGAGACUAUCCAAAGACCUUCGCACUGGACGCGCUGACAGGCCAACUGAUGACGAAGAUCACCUUGGACAGAGAAAGCGUCGAGGAGUAUCGCGUACUAGUCAUUGCAAGGGAUCAGGGAACACCACCUCAGAGUUCGACGGCGACGGUCUUGCUGACGCUGGAGGACGUCAACGACAAUCCACCGGUGUUCUACCCCACCAACUACUUUUUCACAGUGCCACAAGAUGCCACACCUGGAACCCUGAUAGGUAAAGUCUUCGCUACCGACGCGGACGCGAAAGAGAACGCACAGGUCAGGUACUCUCUGGAGUCUGGUGGCGACGGGUUCUUCAGCGUUGACGAGAGAACCGGCGAUGUAUUCCUCCAGGGUGCCUUGAGACAAGCCCACAAGAUCUUGUUCGAACUGACGGUAUCCGCUAAGGACACCGGCGACAGAUCGGCCGUGAAGAACGCUGUGGUCGAAAUCCUGCGCGAGGAGAACCUCGAGCAACUCGAGUUCGGAGCUUACAACGGCUACCAAUUCAAAGUCACCGAGAACCGGGGCGAUUGCUCGGAAAAUCCAUCCUUCGGCCGAGAAGUCGGCUCGGUGUCGGUACCGUCCCACAGCAGUGCCAAGAUCUCCUACGCCAUCGUUCUCGGCGAUCCCGAGGGCAACUUCAAAAUCAACGAGUUCACCGGCUCGAUCAGCACCGCCGGUUGCCUCGAUCGCGAGGAACAGGCUUACUACAGUCUGAAAGUGUCGGCAAGAGCGGGUCUCGCCUACGGAGUCACCACCGCGAACAUCACCAUCCUGGACAUCAACGACAAUCCGCCGAGAUUCCCCACCGAAGAGCGGGAGGAAGAGGUGUUCCUGAAGGAGUGGGCUGCCGUGGGACAGGAGGUCUGUCUGGCUCGGGCGAGAGACAGGGACGCGGGAGCCAACGCGAGGAUCAGCUACUCGCUCACCCGGAAUCCGGGACAGCAGUUCAGGAUCGCCGAGAACACGGGUAUCAUCUAUCUGCACAAGCCCAUCAAGUCAGCGCCGGGAACGGUUCUCCAUCUCGAGGUAACUGCCAUGGAUUCGGGAGUCCAGUCGCUCUCGGCGACUCAGCAGAUCCGCGUGAUCAUCGAGGACGUGAACGACCACACUCCGGUCUUCAAACUCACCAGCUACGAGUCCUCCUUGUCCGAGUCCACGCCCGUGAACGAGCGGUUCUUCGCUCUGCUCGCGUCUGACAUCGAUCUCGGUGCCAACGGGCGCAUCUUCUACAGCGUGACCGACGGCAAUCUGGAGAACCGCUUCGGCAUCUUUCCGGACGGCCAGCUCUACGUGAAGAACGUGCUGGACCGCGAGGAGCAGGACUACUACGCGCUCGAGGUGACCGCGAGCGAUCAGGGCAAUCCAAAGCGCAGCUCGACCGUUCCCGUGGUCGUUCACAUCAUCGACGAGAACGACAACGCUCCGCAGUUCAGCAACUCGAGCUUCACGUUCCACUUGCGGGAGAACGAGCCCGCGGACACGUUCGUUGGCAAAUUGCUGGCGAGCGAUCGUGACGUUGGCCGCAACGCCGAUCUGACCUUCUCGCUGCCCAGCAGCCAGCAGGACUUCGUCGUGGAUCCGCGCAACGGUUUCAUCAAAUCGAUGCACCCGUUCGAUCGCGAGCAAUUGGUCCUGAGUACCGGAAGCAACUUCAUCAGCCUCGAGGCCAGCGUCAUCGAUAACGGAGUCAAUCGGCUGAAGGAUCGGGUUAAGGUGAGCGUCUACAUAAGCGACGUGAACGACAACACGCCGCAGUUCAAGCGGCUGCCAUACCGCGUCCAGGUGAGCGAGGCCGCGCUCGUGGGUACGCAAUUGCUGCGGGUCUACACCUCGGACGCGGACGAGGGACUGAACGGCGAUGUCUUCUACUCGCUGGAGAACGAGCAGCACGACGGCCAGUUCACGAUCGACGAGGCGACCGGCCAGAUAUCGCUAGCCAGGGAACUCGAUCGUGAGACGCGGGACAAUUACCAUCUCACGGUCGUAGCUCACGACGCGGGCAUUGAGAGCAGGCUCUCUUCCAGCGCGACCGUGCACAUCGAGGUGCUCGACGAGAACGACAACACGCCCCGCUUCGUCGACAACAAGCCGCGCAUAUCGGUACUCGAGACCGCGCCUGUGAACGUCGAGCUGCUCAGGUUCCGGGCGACCGACAGCGACCUGGGCGCCAACAGCGAGCUGACCUUCGCCAUUUCGGCGGGAAAUCGGCGAGACGCCUUCCACGUCGACCCGGCGACUGGCGCUCUGUAUCUGAGAAAGCCGCUCGACUACGAGGACAUCGAGGUGUACCACCUGAACGUCACCUGCAGCGAUGCAGGUCACCCGAGGCUCAGCAGCGUGAUAACCCUGCGCGUGGACGUGAUCGACACCAACGACAACCCGCCGGUCUUUCCGAACACGGCGAUCGUUCGACAGAUCGUCGAGGGCAUACCGGUCCACCGACCGGUCGUGACGGUCACGGCAGUCGACCCGGACUCUGGCGACAACGGGGUGCUGAGCUACAGCAUAGCCAGUCAGGAUCCGGAGGACCAGAAGCGCAGGUUCGGCAUCAACCCGACGACCGGCGUCAUCCACACGCUCCUGCCGAUCGAUCGCGAGGAGAUCGACACUUUCAAACUGGUCGUGGUGGCGAGUGACAUGGCCCAGCCCCGAUCGGCGAGGCUCUCGGCCGAGAAGGUGGUCAUCGUCAUCGUGACCGACGUCAACGACAACGCGCCGAUCUUCGUGAGCAUGUCCGCUGCGGUCUUACCGAUCAAGAGCAGCAUCGCCUACCAGCCGGGUCGGGAGUUGCAGGUCGCCCAGCUGCAGGCCAGAGACCUGGACUCCAGCACGAACGGCCUGGUCAGCUACGAGCUCCUUCGCCUCGGAGCCAACUACUCGGACAUGUUCCGCAUCCAUCGCAAAACUGGAGCCCUCACGAUGCGACUUCCCCGCUCGCCCCUGGUCUUCGAGCGAAUUUCGAAGCUCCAGGUCGGCGUGAGGGCCACCGACGAAGCAGGCCAGGCCGAGCGCAGGUCUUCCGAGACCUACCUGACCUUGAUCCUCCCGGGCGAGGGCGACGACUCGCCGAUCUGGGAACAUGGCGGACAGCUCGAGGGAAGUGUCUACGAGAACGAGGCCGCGGGGGCGAGCAUCCUGCGAGUGCACGCCAGGAGCAGGCGCUCGAACGAGGAACUGGAGUACUACGUGACGAACGUGACUGCCGGGGCGAAGGGACCCCAGGUCGACAGACUGUUCGACGUGGACGCGAAGACCGGAGUCCUGUCGACCGCCGCCGCUCUGGACAGGGAGGCCGGCGUCGAGUGGUACGAGGUCGAGAUCUACGCCAUCGUCAGCGGAGGCGGGAAACCCAGCACUUCGUCGACUAAGGUGCGAGUAAGCGUGCUGGACAAGAACGACGUGGCUCCGAGCUGGGGUUCCGGGCCCUGGAAAUUCGAGAUUUCCGAAGAGGCGCCGCCCAACACGAUAGUCACCCUCCUCAAGGCACACGACCCCGACAGCAUCGGCACGCUCAAGUACAGCAUCGUUACGCCGCCCAAGAAUUCCCUCAACGACGAGGAGAACACCGUCCAAAACACGAGAUUAUCCAGUCCAUUCAAGCUCGACUCGAGCACGGGUCAGCUGAGGCUAGCCGAGGCUCUCGAUCGCGAGGCCAAGGAGAGCUACGUACUCAGGGUCAGAGCCGACGAUGGUCUACAGCACACCGAUGUCACGCUCAGCAUUCUGGUCACCGACACCAACGACAACGCGCCGAGCUUCCAGGCGACUGCCUACUCCUUCGACGUCCUGGAGAACGUCCCACGAGGUAGUCGAGUCGGUCAGGUCGUCGCCAACGAUGCAGACGCUCCUGGGCCCAACAGCCAGAUCAGCUACGCCCUCAUAUCCGACUGGGCUAACGACGUCUUCUCACUGAACCCCAGCACCGGUGUCUUCACCCUCACGGCUAGUCUCGAUUACGAACAGGUACAGCACUACAUCCUGGUGGUCCAAGCGACGGACGGCGGUCUGCCGGCGCUGUCGUCGACGGUGACGGUCUACUGCAACGUGGUCGACCUCAACGACAAUACGCCGAUUUUCGAGGCUGGACCGCGAUCGGCUGAGCUCAUGGAGAACGCAACGAUCGGUAGCGUCGUCCUCUCGGCCAGUGCGAGCGAUCUUGAUUCCGGUGACAACGGACACGUCGUCUACUCGAUCAUCAGCGGCGACGAGGCCGAGGAUUUUGGCAUCGCUAACAACGGUACCCUGUACACCAGGAGGCUACUCGACAGGGAGAACAAGAGUGUUUACAAUCUGGUACUCGAGGCUGCCGACAGUCCCAGACCACCGACCACUCCGCUCGCCAGUACUAUUCAGGUAACCAUAAGCCUCCUGGACGUGAACGACCAGUCGCCGGAGUUCGUGAGCAGCAACCAGACGUCGAUUUUGGAGAACGCAGCGAUCAACUCGGUGGUAAUGGCCGUCAAAGCCGUGGACAAGGACGAGGGUCGCAACGGCUACGUGGAAUACGCUCUGGAGUUCGGUCACGGAUCUCUUCCCUUCUCCCUCGGCGCCGUGGACGGCGUUCUCCGGGUAGCCGGUCCUCUGGAUCGCGAGCAACGGGCCAACUACACUCUUAGACUCAUCGCCAAGGACAGAGGCGAACCAGCCAGGUCGACGCUGCAGACCGUCCAGCUUCUGGUCCUCGACGAGAACGACAACUCGCCGAUCUUCGAUCCGAGACAGUACAGCGCGAGCGUUGCCGAGAACGCGAGCAUCGGGGCUAGCGUGCUGCAGGUGUCGGCGCUGGACAGGGACGAGGGUGCGAACGGCCGAGUGCGCUACAGCAUCGCGGCGGGCGACGACAAUCGCGACUUCACCAUCUCGGAGGACGCCGGUGUGAUCAGGGUCGCCAAGAACCUGAACUUUGAGCGCAAGGCCCGCUACAGGCUGCAGGUGCAAGCCGAGGACUGCGCGCCCGAGCUGGGCGGCGAAGCUCUAGUCGACGCCGCCGAGGUCGUCAUCAACCUCCUCGACAUCAACGACAACGCGCCGGUCUUCCUCGACUCGCCUUACCUCGCUCACGUCAUGGAGAACAUGCUGCCGCCGGGCGGAGGCUUCGUCAUGCAGGUGAAGGCGUACGACGCGGACACGCCGCCUUACAACGAUCAGGUCCGCUACUUCCUCAAGGAGGGUGACACCGACCUGUUUCGGAUAAACGCCAGCACCGGUGACAUCUUCCUCCUGAGGCCUCUCGACCGGGAACUCGUCUCCGAGUACGUCCUCACUCUUGUCGCCAUGGACACAGGUUCGCCGCCGUUGACCGGCUCAGGAAUCGUGCGCGUCGUCGUGCUGGACGUGAACGACCACAGUCCGGAGUUCAACCGUCAGGAGUACCGGGCUUCGGUCACCGAGAACCUGCCGGCCGGUGCCUGGGUCGCUAAUCCUCUGGCCAGCGACAAGGACGAGGGACUCAACGCCAGAAUCCGAUACAGUCUGCUCGGCGACAAGGCCGAGAGGUUCCACGUGAACUCGAGCACCGGUGAGAUCGUCACUCUCGAGAGACUCGACCGCGAACAGACGGCCGUCUAUCAUCUGACCCUGGUAGCGCAGGAUUCCAGUCCUACGGAGCCUAAGGCCGCCGCUGUCAACCUCACCAUCACCGUUACCGAUCUCAACGACAAUGCGCCCAGGUUCGCCAGUCCGAGAUACACCGCUUACGUGCCCGACUCGACCGGAAAAGGCGACUUCGUCUUCGGAGCCAAGGCGACGGACGACGACGACGGCGACAACUCGCGCAUCGUCUACCGGCUCCACGGUAAGGACUCGCAUCGGUUCGCGGUUGAUCCGCACAGCGGUGUGAUCCGGGCCCUGGAGAAGCUCGCCAGUGGAGGCCGGAGUAUGUACCAGCUGCAGAUCGAAGCCUUCGACUCCGGCGUUGAACCCCGAUCGGUUUCGGCCGACCUGGUCGUGCAUCUCUGGGAACGUCAGCUGUUCCCCAGUUUCAGACCGACCACCGCCACGAGGUUCACUCUCGCAGAGGAUGUGCCCGAGGGAAGGAUUAUCACGACCCUCAGUGCCACCACACCGAAAGAGGGACCGGCUAGUGAUCUGGUUUUUGGAAUGGCUGGGGGUAACGUCGGAGAGGCGCUGAGGAUCGAACCGCAUAGCGGAGAGGUCGUCAUCGCGUCCGGAUUCGACUACGAGACGGCGCCGCACUACGAGGCCUGGGUCGAGGUUCGCGAUUCCGGUGAGCCAUCGCUUCGCAGCGUCAUUCAGCUUCUAGUCAACGUGACCGACGCCAACGACAACGCGCCCGUCAUGGAUUCCGCGGUGUACAAUGCCUCCGUCCCCGAGGAGGAGUAUCCUCCGCUGUUCGUCACCAAGAUUUCGGCGAAGGAUGCCGAUUCCGGCAGUAAUGGCGAGGUCACUUAUCACCUGAUGAACGACUUCGACGAGACCUUUGUCAUCGACGAGGAAAGUGGGGAGAUCAGUACCAAUGCCAAAUUGGAUCGUGAAGAGAUAUCUUCCUACGAGCUAAUAGUGGAAGCCCGCGAUCGGGGCACGCCGCAGCUGACAGGUACCGCGACGGUUCUGGUCACGGUUCUGGAUAAGAACGACAACCCGCCACGUUUCACGCGUUUGUUUAGCGUCAACGUCACCGAGAACUCGGAGAUCGGCGCGUUCGUCAUCCGCAUCACGAGCAGCGAUCAGGACAUCGGUGCCAACGCUAACGUCAGUUACAGCUUCACUGGUAACCCCAGCAACAAGUUCGCUAUUGAUCCUCUGAGUGGCAACGUAACGGUUGCUGGUCACCUGGACCGCGAAGUCCAGGACGAGUACCUGCUCAAGGUGACUGUGGGCGACGGCGCCUGGGGCGCGGAGACACCGCUAACCAUCACCAUCCAGGACCAGAACGACAAUCCUCCUGAAUUCGAGGAGGAAACUUACCACUUCCACUUCCCAGAGCUGCAGGGCAGAAUGGCGCAUGUUGGCCAGGUCGUCGCUACCGACCGCGACAAGCAGGGCCCGAACUCGGUCAUCUCGUACAGUCUGCUACAGCCGUCCGAUCUGUUCACCGUAGAUCCCGCCUCGGGUGACAUAUUCAGCAAGAGGACCCUGCGCUACAAGCACACCAAGAGACCGACAUCGCCCGAGAACGUGUACUCGCUGUACGUCGUGGCGACGGAUAACGGCAGGCCACCGUUGUCCUCGAAGACGCUGGUCUACGUGAGCAUCGUCGACUCCAACAACCACGCGCCCAGGUUCGAACAGCGUGCCUACCUCUACCCGGUACCCGAGGGCUAUCCCACCAACAAGAAGAUCGCCCAAGUACACGCCUCGGACGACGAGGACUUUGGUGUGAACGCGGAGAUCGAGUACACGGUGGCAGCAGGAAACGGCAGCGAGUACUUCUUCGUCGAGCCCGAGUCCGGAUGGCUGUACGUUAACAAGAGCCUGGUCGAGUUCCGUAUCGGUAGUGCGUUCUCGCUCAAGAUUCGAGCGACCGACAAGGGCGUGCCUCCGCAGAGCGACGAGGUCUGGGCCACUCUGGUCGUCACCGGAGAGAACCGUCACGCGCCGACUUUCGUGGCCGUGAGCUAUCAGGUGAGAGUGCCGGAGAACGAACCUGUGAACACGACCAUACUGACCGUCAAUGCCGUGGACUCGGACGACGGGCCGAACGGUAUGGUCAGGUACGAGAUCUCGGCCGGCAACGAGCGUCACGAGUUCUCCAUUCACCCGAUCACCGGAGCAGUGACGAUUCUCGAUGCUCUGGACUACGACACCGUUCAGGAGUACAGGCUCAACAUAACCGCGAGGGAUCUCGGCUUCGAGUCAAAGCACGCGAUCGCUACCCUCACCGUCAACGUGUCCGACAUCAACGACAACCCACCGACGUUUAAUCAGAGUUUGUACGAGGCCUACCUACCAGAGAAUUCGCCUGCCCAGCACUUUGUCUUUAAGGUCCUGGCCAAGGAUAUCGAUUCUCCCAAGUACGCCGUCAUUCAGUACAGGAUUCUGGGUGGAACCGGUAAGGAGCACUUCCAGAUCGAGCAGAACACUGGCAUCAUCAAGUCCAAGAUCAGCUUCGACUACGAGGAGGCCAACGAGUACACUCUGGACAUCGUUGCCGCUAAUCCCGACACGAAUCCUCCCAUGCUUGGCUUCACUACUGUCCUCGUGCACAUCACAGGCGUCAACGAGUUCUAUCCCAAAUUCAUUCAACCGGUCUUUCACAUGGACGUCUCCGAGAGCGCGGAGGUCGGAACGUCCGUGGGACUGGUCCAAGCUACCGAUCAGGACGCGGGCGUCGAUGGAAAGGUGUUUUACCUCUUCGUCGGUUCUUCGAACGAUCGAGGUUUCUCCAUUGGGCCCGAGACCGGAAUCAUCAGUGUAUCCAGGAGGCUGGAUCGAGAAACGCAAAACCGCGCCAUCCUAACAGUAAUGGCAAAGAACACGGGCGGCAUCCGUGGCAACGACACCGACGAGGCUCAGGUCAUCAUCUCCAUCCAGGAUGGCAACGAUCCGCCCGAGUUUCUGCAGACACUCUACGAAGCCAGCGUCUCGGAAGGCGAGAGCGUGGGCUCCCGAAUCGUGACGGUCCGCGCGAUCGACAAGGACGUACGUCCGCAGAACAACCAGUUCUCCUACUCGAUAAUCGGCGGUAACGUGGGUCAGGCCUUCAAGGUGGACCCGCAGUCCGGUGAUAUCGAGACAGCUAAGUUCCUCGACAGGGAGUCCGUUCCUAGCUACGAACUGAUCAUCGGCGCGAUCGAUACCGGCAGUCCACCUCAGACCGGAAGCGCCACUGUGAAGAUCGAGCUGCUGGAUGUCAACGACAACGGACCUGUCUUCGAUCCUACCGACGUGAUCGGUUACGUCAGCGAGAACGAACCUGCUGGCACGAGUAUCAUGACCCUCAGCGCUACCGAUCCCGAUCUGCCACCCAACGGAGCGCCGUUCUUCUACAGACUGAUCGGCGGAAAGCAGAUGGAUCUCGUCAGCUUGGAGAAACACUCGGGAAUACUGAAGACCACCAGGAGCUUGGACAGAGAAAUCGCGCCUCAACUCGAUCUCUUGGUCGAGGUAGAGGACUCAGGCUCGCCACGUCAGUCCAGCGAGCACGCGAUCACGGUCUACGUGCUCGACCAGAACGACAGCCCAUCGAGUCCACGCUCGGUCCACGUGAUGGUGAACUCGUUCAACGGUCAGACGCCGCUGGGCAAGAUCGCCGACGUCCACCCCAACGACCCCGACACCAGCGGAGACUACAGCUGCAGGAUAAUCCAGGCUGGCUCAGCUAGCGGCGUCCUCGGCAUCCCUGCCGCUUGCGAUUUGCAUGCCGCCAGGAUCAUGCCAGGUAUCGGUUACUCUCUCAGCGUGUCUGGCAACGACGGCCGGCAUCCGGACGUCGUGUCCAAGGUCACCGUUGAGUUCGCCACCUUCUCCAAUGCCACGGUGGAGAACAGCAUCACCGUGCAGAUAUUUCGAGUGAAGGCUGCCGAUUUUCUGAGCAAGUACUAUCGAGCUCUGUUGGAGCUGCUGCAAGAGGAGCUGGAGAUCGGCGACACGCUGAGCAUAUUCAGCGUCGACGAGAAGGAGAAUCACAUCGAGGUGUACAUGGUGAUAUCCUCGCCGCAGGGAUACCGUACCAGGCAGGAGGUCAAGGAUUUUCUGCAGAGAAGACGCAGUCAGAUCGAGAAUCUCAUCGAAGGCUCACAGCUGACUAUCGGUUAUUCGCCGUGCAAGAACGACGCCUGCGAUAAUGGAGGCGUCUGCAGCGACCAGGUUGUGGUUUACGAGAACGCCAGGAUCACCGACAGUCCGAGUCUGAUUUUGACUUCGCCGAAGGUCGUGCACGAGAUGGUCUGCAAGUGUCGCGACGGAUUCACCGGAGAGCGAUGCGAGAAGAAGCAGGACCCUUGCGCUCCCAAUCCUUGUCAAUCUGGUGGUCAGUGUCGCCGCAUGGGCUUCGACUUCCACUGCAGCUGUCCAGCUGAUCGCGAGGGUCGUCUCUGUGAACUGGAACGCGGCGACGCCUGCGCCAGCAGUCCGUGUCGCAACGGAGGCAGCUGCAAGGAGAGUCCAGACGGCUCGAGCUUCUUCUGCCUAUGUCGCGCCGGAUACCGAGGCAACCACUGCGAGGUGCUCACCGACUCCUGCAGACCCAAUCCGUGCCUGCACGGUGGACUAUGCGUGGGAGAGAAACCUGGAUACCGUUGCAGUUGUCCGGAGGGUCGUUACGGCCGACACUGCGAGCGCUCGACAUUCGGAUUCGACGAACUCUCUUACAUGACCUUCCCUGCUCUCGACUCCAAUACCAAUGACAUCACGAUCAUCUUCGCGACCACCAAACCCAACGCUCUGCUUCUGUACAACUACGGGCCUCAGAGCGGAGGACGCUCUGACUUUGUCGUUCUCGAACUCGUCGAGGGUAGACUGGUAUUCUCGUGUGGUGGUGCCAGGAGUGCCAUCACUUCUCUGACCAUCAAAUCCGAGAGGUCUCUGGCAGAUGGAGGCUGGAGGAAGGUGACCGCGACGAGGAACGGAAGAGUGGUUUCGCUGAGCGUCUCGAGAUGUAAAGAACACGGCGACGUGUGCGACGAGUGCAGGCCCGGCGAUGCCACUUGCUACGUCGACGACGUCGGCCCUAUCGGAACACUGAAUUUCAACAACAAUCCUCUGAUCCUCGGCGGUCUGCUAAACUCCGACCCUGUACUCGAGCGUCCCGGCCAGUUGCAUUCGGACGACUUUGUCGGCUGCGUGCACUCUGUCUCUAUAAACGGCCGAGGACUGAAUCUUACCAGUCCCCUGUCAUCUCGCGGAGUCAAGCCAACGUGUCCCAGGUCGGAGAACGGUCCCUGCUCCCGGUCCACCGCCAGGGAGAGAGACAACCUUUGCAGACACGGCACCUGCUACGACAAGUGGAACAAACCGGCCUGUCAAUGUGGCAAAAUCACCGCCCCCAACUGCCAGGGUGCACUCGAGUCGGUCAAUCUCAGCGAGGGCGGUUAUAUCGAAUACAAGAUCUCCGAGAAGCACCGACGGAUGCAGCUGCUGGAAUACCUUUACGGCGGCACGACCCUCUGGCACGGUGGCCUCUCGUCCCACUACACCGAGGAGAACCUCGUGCCAUUGAUUCCAGCCGCGACCCCAGCCAAGAGCAUCCACCUGAUGUUCCGCACGGUUAAGCCCGACGGCGUGCUCGUUUACGCCGCCAGCAACAAGCACUUCACCUCCGUCGAGUUGCGCAACGGCCAGAUCAGCUACUCGUCCCUGCUGAGCUCGCCCGUCAACAUGAGCGGCUCGGUCGAGAACAGCCUGGCCGAUGGUCGCUGGCACAACUUGACUCUUCACGCCCACGCCAGAGGUCUCAAGCUCUACAUCGAUGGUACUCUCGCCGGUGACGAGCUCGACUCCGCCGGUGUACACGACUUCCUCGACCCUUACCUCACGCUGCUCACCAUCGGUGGAGUCAGGCGCGAUCAGUAUCUCGCCCACGAUGGCCUCCCCAGAGCCUUCGAAGGCUGUAUGGCCAACUUCACCAUCAACGGCGAAGCCCAGCCCUUCAACGGCUCUGGUUCCAUCUUCCGUGACGUCGUUUUUUACGGCAAGGUGCACCUCGGCUGCCGCGGUCCCAUCGGCAUCACCGCAGCCACGGCGGCCGACCCCCUCAGCGUUGGCAUCACCCUCGUCAUCGUCUUCUUCAUCAUCCUUCUGGUGGCGAUCCUCGCCAGUUUCGUCAUCUUCCGGCUGCGCAGGCAGAACAAGGAGAAGUCCGCCAGCACCGUAGUCAACAAGAACACCAACGCCAUCAUCACCGGCAACAGCCUGGUCGGCGGAGCCCAGUCCGACAACCUUAUGUCCCGCCACGAGAACACCUACAUCUCCGACGGCUCGGACCUGCGCAACAUGGGCCACCUCGGUCCCGAGCUCAUCUCCAAGAAGUACAAGGAGCGCGAGAUGAACAGCAGCUCCGUCGCCGCGGCGGCCGCCGCCAACGAGCACCAGCGGCCCCAGAGGCCCGACAUAAUCGAGCGCGAGAUCAGCAAGUCGCCGCCCAUCCGGGACGAGCAUCCGCCGCUGCCUCCGCCCAACCACUCGCACGAGCACAGCCAGGAGCCCGACAUGCCCGAGCACUACGACCUCGAGAACGCCAGCUCCAUCGCGCCCAGCGACAUCGACAUCGUCUACCACUACAAGGGCUACCGGGACGGCAUGCGCAAGUACAAGGCCACCCCACCGCCCAUCGCCGGCUACGGUAAUCAUCACAAGCACGCGAACCAGCAGCACCGACACGCCGCCGGUUUCCCUACCAGGGCUAUGGCUCCGCCUUCGGUUGGCCAGCCCCAAGGCUCCGCGCCGAAGCUUCUGCAGAGCACACCGCUCGCCAGGCUCUCGCCCAGCAGCGAGCUCUCGGCCCAGCAGCCGCGAAUCCUCACACUGCACGACAUUAGCGGGAAGCCCCUGCAGAGCGCCCUCCUCGCCACGACCUCAUCCUCGGGUGGCGUCGGCAAGGAUGCCAUGAACUCCAACAGCGAGCGUAGCCUCAACUCGCCUAUCAUGAGCCAGCUGUCCGGCUCCACGGCCAGCCGCAAGGUCCAGCAGUCGGCUGCCGAGGCCGCCGGUAACGGCGUGUCCUCCGGACCCAUGGGCCUCACCGCCGAGGAGAUCGAGCGACUCAACUCCCGACCGCGCACCUCCAGCCUCGUCUCGACCCUCGACGCCGUCAGCUCGUCCAGCGAAGCCCGCGGCCCUGGGCCACUCGCCCAUCUUCACAGGCCACCAGCCGAGCGACUCAAGCGACGAAACUCCUCGACCACCGACGAGAGCGGAAACGACAGCUUCACCUGCUCCGAGAUCGAGUACGACAGCAACUCGAUGGUCGGCGACAAACGCUCGGACGACCACAUCUACAGCAAACCCGAGAACGAGGUGGUGACUCGCAGCGGCGAGAGUCCCCAGUCGAGCAAGCCACCCUUGCCACCCAACAUCAACUACGACGGCUUCGACAGUUCGUUCCGAGGCUCGCUUAGCACCCUUGUUGCAUCGGACGACGACAUGUCCACGCACAUGGGCGGCCUGUACCGACCGAACGAGUCGUCGCCCAAUACGGCCCUCAGCUGGGACUACCUGCUCAACUGGGGGCCCAAUUUCGAGAGCCUCGUCGGCGUGUUCAUCGACAUCGCCGAGCUGCCCGAUGGCACCAGUCGCGUGCCCAGUACUCUGAGGCUGCCCUGCAACAAUCUCGCCAAACCCUCCGAGGAAUACGUCUGAGCGAUCUUGCCAUUUUUCUUUUUUUUCUAACUUUACGAAUGUAUAUGUAAUCGAACCGCGGUAGUUUGAAAAUUUCGCGGGACACCUUGUAUCAGGGUGCGCCCGACGAACGUUGUACAGUCAUUAUCGAUUUAUCUAUUUUCUUUCUAUAACUGCAAAGCCAUGGUGCAAUGUUCUUGAAAAAAUAAAAACGCAAGCGUACUUAUCGAUCGUUAGAUUUUUAAGUUGUAGCAUUUAAGAGCAUCGUUGUAAAUUAUGCGGACCCGGUGCAUUUCGAAUGAAUUUAUAUAUUUAUAUGUGUAAUUAUAUUCUAUGAUAAAUACCGUGCCUUCCAGUGUAACGUUGAAAGUCUGUUUAUAGUUUAGGGAAAAAUCGAGAGCACAGCGUUUUUUAAUUUUAUGCCUGAUUAUUUAUAUGUACUAUUGGAAAUUCAAGCCAUAUUUUGUACUUGUUAUAUAUAGACGUGUAGAGUAUUGUAAAAGAACUUCCGUUCGAAAUGCCAGACUGAUCUUUUAAAUGUAUAACGACUAAUAUUGCCAUUGAUCGCGUCGAUGGUUCCCUCUCUCGCGAGACGCCUUGUAAAUUAUUCUAUUUGUUACAUUUGUAAAUAGCGAGUGCUCGCGAGAAAGAAUGUUGUACAAAAGCAAGUGCGAGAGACGCAAUCUAAUGUUAUAGGUUUACUAUUUACUAUAUUUGUAAUGAAGAAUAAAGUGUAAAAAUUA